UCUCUGUUCACAACUCACAACUACUCACACAAAACAGCUCAUUCCUCCUCCAGCAAAAAAAACCUACUCACUCUCACUCUCUCUCAAAACUCAACUGAACCCUGAACAAACAAAAACAGAGAGAAAAGAAAAGGGUUUCAAAUUUUCCAAUUUCCAAAUCAAGCUUCGAAAGACUCAAAAUCCAUGGCUACAACAGAUGGAAUUGGUCAUGGAGGUGUUCUAAUAGACCCAUCAUCAAGACAACAACAACAGCAGCAGCAAUUACAGCAACAACAAACAGGAACUAAUACUACUAGUGGUACUAAUAAUGGAGUAUUAGCAGUGAAAAAGCCACCAGCAAAAGAUAGACAUAGUAAAGUAGAUGGAAGAGGAAGAAGAAUUCGUAUGCCAAUUGUAUGUGCAGCUAGGGUAUUUCAAUUAACACGUGAAUUAGGUCAUAAAUCUGAUGGACAAACAAUUGAGUGGUUACUACGUCAAGCUGAACCAUCAAUUAUAGCUGCUACUGGUACUGGUACUACUCCUGCUAGUUUCUCUGCUGUUUCACUCUCUGUUCGUAGCUCUAAUACUUCUUCUAUGUCUUCUUCUUUAGAUCAAAAACCUAUUAAUAUUAAUCAUAAUAAUCAAAUUCUUAAUCCUACCCCUUUUUUACUUGGUAAGAGAAUUAGACUCGAUGAUAAUAACAACAAUGAUAUCGAAAACCAUAAUCAUAAUCAUGGGGAUGAUCAUGAUAAAAAUGAUAAUUCUAAUGGUGGUGUUAGUGUGACAACUGCCAUGGCUGCUGCUGCUGGUGGGGGGUUUUGGGCUGUACCUGCUAGACCUGAUUAUGGUCAAGUUUGGAGUUUCUCUGCUACACCUGAUAUGGUUUUACCUACUCCUGCUGCUUUGAUGGCUUCUCAACCAUUUAUGUCUGCCGCUAGGUUUAGCCAACAGCAUCAACAACACCAACAGCAGCAGCAACAACAGAUGAAUGAAGCUGCUGCUUCUGGGGUUAGACUUGGGAAUUAUUUUCCAGUUGGUCCAGUUACACAAGGUCAUCUUAAUUUAUUAGCUUCGAUGUCUACUCAACCAGCUUCUUCGGGUGGAAGAGAUGAUGAACCUCGUUAAUUAAGAAUUUGAUUUGAUUUCAUGGAAGUUGUUUUGUGUGUGUGUGGAUCAAGUUAGGGUUUUAGAGUAUAAAUUAGGGUUUUCUCUUUGAUUUCUUCUUUGUUAGGUUUGGUCAUUUGGGGGAAGAAAAAAAAAUCCAGGAAUUUUAGUGUAUGAUGAUCUAUCAAGAAUUAUAUCAAAUUUAGGGAUUUAUUUAUUAUAGUUCCAGUUACUAGUACGGCCAUUAUUACUUCUUCUACUACUACUUCUGAUGUUGGAAAUUGGGGGUUUUGUUGGAGAAGACUAAGAGAAAAGAUUUGCCUGAAAUUGAUGAUUUGGGAUGUUUUUUCUCCUUCAAUUUUUUUUGCUAUGAAGAAUUGAAUGAAGAUUGGGAUGUUUUUGAGAAUUGGUGGGUGGAAUCCUAUGUAGCGUACUGAGUAUUCAGAAAGGACUGCAGAAGUGUCAAUGGAGAAGAAAUUUGGUUUUACAAAUUGUAAAACAAAAUUGACUACUUUUAUUGGGUGUUGAAAUUCUGGGUGUGAUCUUCAUUCAAUUUCAUGGUUUCAGAUUGAAAUUCCAUCCAUUCAGUGAGAAGAAAUUAGGAAUUUCUUUUGGCUCAGUGGAAUUACCAAAUUACAGUACUUUUGCCUUUGUUUUCUCUCACUCUCUAUCUAGCUCUUCGGUCUUGCUCUGUAUGCUGGUGAAGCAGGGUUUAGUAUAUGGCAAUGGUUGCAGAAAUUAUCUUGUGUUCAAUGCCUAGAAGAACAUAUCACUAUUUUUAAUCUGUAAUAUUUUUAUAGCAAUUUUUAUUGGAUUUAUAAGAUAAUCAUCUCUGUAUGUAAUGGAUUUGUUUAUCAUGUCUACCCAGUGUGAAUAAGAAAAAAGUAUUUAUGUUCUAUUAA